GGGUGAGCGCUGAGCAGCAAACAUGGCGGCUCCCAGCAGGAAGCAGGUUUUAAAGUUCAUCAGCCAGUUGGGAGCUUUUAUUCUGACGCGGUUCGGGUUCUGGAACUGCUUCUGCAUGUUGAUGCUGUUCGCGGAGCGGGCGGACUCCAAACGGAAGCCAGACAUCAAUGUGCCGUACCUGUUCGUGGACAUGGGGGCGGCUGUGCUCUGCGCCAGCUUCAUGUCCUUCGGCGUGAAGAGGAGGUGGUUUGCGAUGGCCGCCGCCGUCCAGCUGGCGGUCAGCACGUACGCGGCAUACAUCGGAGAGCAGGUGCACUACGGAGACUGGCUCAAGGUACGAAUGUAUUCCAGAGCGCUGGCAAACAUCGGAGGCUUCCUGGUUCUGGCCAGCGGGGCGGGGGAGGUGUACAGACAGAAAGCUCGCAGCAGGUCCUUGCAGUCCACGGGGCAGGUUUUCCUGGGGGUCUACCUCAUCUGCAUGGUGUACUCCCUCCAACACAGCAAAGAGGACAGGCAGGCCUAUCUGAACCACAUCCCCGGGGGGGAGAUCACCCUGAUGGCGCUGGAGGUGCUCUUUGGCGUCCUGGCUCUGGCCUUCCUCUCCGGCUGCUACAUCCGCCUGGCGGCUCAGAUCCUCGCCACCAUCCUGCCUCUGGUGAUCCUGCUCAUCGACGGGAACCUGGGCUACUGGCACCACGGCCGCAAGGUGGAGUUCUGGAACCAGAUGAAGCUGAUCGGACAUAACGUGGGCGUGUUUGCCGCUGCGCUGAUCCUAGCUACUGACGGCUAAACCCCCCCAAUUCCCCCCCGGACUCUCACAGGGAACUUUAGCGAACACAGAUGCUCUGGUGUUCGCGGUACGGGGUCAUUGACCUUGACUGUUCGUCGCUGCCCGACUUUGAUCUCAAAGUUUCAGUGACCCUCGGGACUCAAACGCUCCAAGCUGAGACGACUGGAUGUAAAACUCGAUGAUUGUCUUUGCCUUCCAGUUUGUAUCUUAACCUGCAAGAACAAGAAAAAUCCAAGCUUCCAUUUUUGCGAUUUAAUAAUUUAUUUGAAUUCAUGUUUACAUUAUGUCUCUAUGCUCUGAAGCAUGACGCUGAGUAAUGAUACUGUAAAGCUACAUGAAACACCUGCUAUUCCAAAAUGUAAAGUCUUAAAGGUUUGAGAAUGUUUUUUCAGUUUAUGGUUGAAGUAUUUCACAGGUUGAGGGGAAACUGUAAUAAACGUUUGUGGUGUUGCUUAUGAAAUGGGAACGACUAGAGUUCAGAUCAUCUGAUAGAAAACACUAUUGUUGCUUUUAUCUGGUGCAUUAUUGUAUCUAGACUUUCAUUAAAUUUAAUAAGCAGAGCUUUUUUUUAUUUAGUGUAAAUUGUUCAUUUUUUUAUACAAAAUAAAUUGGGUUGAGAUCACAGCUGCUCAACUGUUCCCUGACAUUCAAUGAAGACUCAUGAAUUAUUCUGUGGGACAUAGUUGAAAAUGACCUUGAACGCCCUUCAAUGUUAAAGUGGUAUUAAAGUGAAUGACAAAAAUAAAUCUAAACUGAAAAUAA